CGAUAAGGAAAUUUCAGGCUAUACCCAAUCCAACAUUUUCUCCAGCGUUGACAAAGACCCCUCCACCAUGCCACCAUCCUCUCGCAUACCACCCCUCCUCCAGGCCUACGUCCGUCUGCCCCGCGAUGACUCGAUACUCCUGCUCACGAGCACGCUCGGAGCCAGCGCGAAUUGGCUCGUCAUACGGUUUCUGUGCGAUGCGCUAAGCUCUCCCCCAACAACGACAACGCAGGAUAGCGACGAAGAGGAGCAUGGCGGAGCGGAUGUGGUGUUGGUGUCUUGGAUGAGGGAAUACGAGUUCUGGAGACAAGAGGCGAGGAAAGGCGGGGGGCUGGAUUUGGAGAGGUUGAGGAGGGAGGCGAGGUUUGCGUUUGUGGAUGGGUUGAGUACGCUUUUCUUGCCGCCGCCGCCGCCAAUUGAGCGGAAGGAGGAUGAGGCGGAGCGGGGGUCGCAAGGCCAGGCGGUUGGGAUGGUGGGGAGGGCGGGUUUGCCUGUAAGAGGUCCAGCACCGGGGAGGGUAGGACCGGUCAGAGGUCUGGCGGGUACUCCAGCAGUAGCAGCAGCAGCAGCGCAGACCAUGACAGCGACGGCCGCGAUAUCACAAGCGGGCUCCCCAUCGAGUACACCAGGUCUCUACACGCUCAAAUCUCCAGACCUCGCGCACCUCAAAGCUACUAUCUCCUCUGCCCUCAUGCACAUCCAAUCCGCCUCCAGCGCAUCUACGAAGAGGAAAACCCUCCUCCUCCUCGACAACCCCGACAUCCUCCUCGCCACAGUCCCAAGCCUCUCUCCCUCCGCGCUGACAUCCACCCUCCUAACCCUCCACACGCAAGCCUCCCACAUCCUCGUCCACAUGCAAGCCGACACGCCGCUGCUGUCGCUCAGCACGCCCCCGCAGCCGCUCGAAGUCGCGCAGCACAACUUCCUGGUCAAGAUGGCGCAUAUGAGCCGGCGGAUACUGAGCGUGAGGGUGCUGGACACGGGGGUUGCGCGAGAUGUCAGCGGCGUGCUGCGGGUGACGGAGAAUAGGGAGAGCUGGGUGGAUUUGGGGUUCGGUGGUGGAAAGGACGAGGGGAAGGGGGAGGAGCAGAAUAGGGAGUUGUUGUAUUUGGUUAAGGGGGAUGGGAGUGUGAGGGUGUUUGAGAGGGGGGCUGGUGGGGAGGGCUGA